AUGCAGCGAGGGGGCUAUAGAGGAGGCUAUGGAGGCGGAGAACGUGACCCAUCAGUGAUUAUGAGCGAGCUACCUCCAGGAUAUCGUCGAUAUGGAGGAGCUGCCGGCUUAUUUCAUCCAAAUCAACCAGUCGAAAAGCGACAACGCAAAUCAAUGCAGAGGAGAACGGUUGAUUAUUAUUCGGGAAUGAUGAGAGCGAUCGAACUGAGAGCAUCACAAAAGAACAAGAAGAACACUUAUUUGAUGCAGCCUGAUCCAAAUUUUACAGUCAAUAUGCUCCCACCUAGCAUGUACCCAGACAACCCAACUACGGGUAUAACGACAAAAUACAUUCACACGUCGACAAACAAGGUUCGAUGUCCCAUCAAUGUCGUCAAGUGGACGCCUGAUGGUCGACGUCUAGUAACGGGCGCACAAAGUGGUGAAUUCACUUUAUGGAAUGGGUUGACCUUCAAUUUCGAGACAAUCUUACAGGCACACGAUUCAGCAAUUCGAGCCAUGAUAUGGUCUCACAACGAUACAUGGAUGGUCACUGCUGAUCAUUCAGGCAUGAUCAAAUACUGGCAAUCGAAUAUGAAUAACUUGAAGGCUUUCCAGGGGCAUCGUGAAGCUAUUCGCGAAUUGGCCUUUUCACCAACAGAUUCGAAAUUCGCAUCAUGCAGUGAUGACUCGUUAGCAAAGAUAUGGAACUUUGAGCAAGCUACUGAAGAAUGUGUUCUUCAAGGUCAUGGUUGGGAUGUUAAAUGUAUAGAUUGGCAUCCUACAAAAGCACUCCUCGUCACAGGAUCCAAAGAUAAUCUCGUCAAGUUAUGGGAUCCAAAGACUGGUAAAAAUCUAGCUACAUUGCAUGGUCACAAAAACACGAUAUCAUCAGCAAAAUGGAACAAGAAUGGAAAUUGGUUGAUUACUGGAUCUCGAGAUCACAAUUGUCGGAUAUUCGAUAUCAGGACUUUGAAGGAGUUGCAAACUGUUCGAGCACACAAGAAGGAUGUUACUUGCGUAGUAUGGCAUCCCAUCCACGAAACGCAAUUCACAACAGGAGGUGCAGAUGGUGCCAUCAAUUUCUGGACUGUAGGAACUGAUUUCCCAAUAGGUGGUCUAGAAUAUGCACAUGAACUGCAAGGUCAACCAUCACAAGUCUGGGCACUAGACUAUCAUCCAUUGGGCCAUGUGCUUGUAUCAGGAUCUAAUGACCAUACAACGAGAUUCUGGACGAGAAAUCGAGUUGGAGAGACCAUGUUGGAUCGAUUUGGAUACGGAUAUCGAGCAGAGGGUAGUUGGGCUCCUGGUGUUUAUGGAAGGGUUCCUGGUGCUCCAGUUCCUAUUGGUGUGAUUCCCGGGGCUGUUAAAGUUGAAGCUGAUAGGAGUACGCAAGAGGAUGAUGAAGAUGACGAUGUAGUAUUGCCAGGAUUACGAACCAAACCAGUGGCGAAUAAUCGACUGCCUGGAUUUGGAGGUCCACGACGAAAUGCUCCACCAUCAUCAUCUAGCAAUAGUAGUAGUGGAAUGAAUCGCGACAGUCCUCAACGACCCAGUGGUAACAGUCCAUAUCAGCCUCAGAAUCAACAGCAACAACAUCAACAAUCUCCACAACAAAACCAACAACCGCAACAACAUCAACCACCUCCGCAACAAUACCAGCAACAACAACAGCAGCAACGAAAUCAAGGAUACAACAAUCAGCCGCCACCAAAUUGGGAUGCCCCACCCGGUACCAGUGAUAGUAGUAAUAACUCAACCAUGCCACCUGGCAUGCAAGCAUACAAUAAUAAUAUGCCGAGUAGUAAUGCACCACCUCCACCACCACCAUCUAUGAGUCUCCCACCGGGUGGAGCUCUUCCAAUGCAGCAAGCAGCUCAAUUGAAGAUUCAGCAACAAUUUGCCAAGUUUCAGCAAGAAGCAAUGAUGCAGGGACGAGGCGGGGGAGACGGUGGAGAGAGACCGCCUGAGCAGCAACAGCAGCAACCGUUGCGAAACAGUCAACAACAGCACUUUCAAGAGCAGGGCAGACAGAUGGCCCUAGCAAUUGUAACGAAUAAUGAUCCUCCUACUUUUGGUCCUAUUACUCCCUCGAGCUGGUUGAACAAUACAAGGAAUCAAACGCUGGCCUUUGCCUUUCCUUUGGCCUCUAAUCCUGUUGCUGGAGACGAGCAGAGAACAGAUGCCAUUCCACAACAGCAACCACAACAAGAGCAACCAAGAAAACAGCAGCCAGAUGCAGAAGAAGACGAUGAUGUAUCCGGAGACGAGUCUGGGGAUGAUAGUGACGAGUACAUGGACGAGAGCUCUAACGUUGCUCAAACGUCACGAAAGAAUCCUACUGGAGCUGGCGUCAACAAGAAACAACCGUCUACGCCUCACGAUAUGCUAAUGCUGGCUGCUAAUACGCAAUAUUCGCAACUGCAACAAGAGUCUUCGUCGUCGUCGAGUGUGCCGGCAUCGCCAAAAGCGAAGAAGAGUACAAGUGUUGGUAGCACGGUUUGCCCGACUUGUGGAAAGAAUUUUAGUAGAUCUUCGCACUGCUCGAGGCAUAUUAGGAGUGCGCAUAGUACCGUUAUGCCUUACGCUUGUCCUGGAUGUCCCCGCCGCUUUGGCCGUGCAGAGACACUCAAAAAACACGUGAAAGCAGCCCAUGCUACGCUUUCCAUCAGUUUUAAAAGAGGGAGAAGAACGAGACAUAACGAAGAUGUUGGAAGCCGCAUACGUGUUAGUCGCCGUGAGGAUGACGAAACCGAGGAUUCACCAACAUCCGAAGCAACUCCCGAAUCAUAUAAACAUCAUCAUCGCAACAAUAGCAGCAACAUUGAAUCACCGAGAAGUGCUACCACAAGCAUGCACGAUGAUCCUAGUGUACAUGAAGAAUCGCCUAGAACAGUAGUGACAACAGCCACUCAAACCAUGUCUAUGCCUCCUUCAUCGCCACGUAUAAUGAACCGUCAUCCGUCUCCGAGAGAGGACGGUGCACCACCUGAAAUCCAUUUACCGCCGCCGAGUAUGACAUAUCAGUUACCUUCCGUAUCGGACUUGUUAACUUCAAACACGGACUCUGAUAGUAUUGUACUGCCGAUUCAGCAACAGCAGCAGCAGCACCAACAACAGCACUCAAUGCAAUCGCAACAGCACCAGCAGCAACAUCAACAGCAACUACAGCAGCAGUUACAAAACAAUAAUGUGCCCACACCACCCGAAUCACCCUAUGGAAUAGGCCCAUCAUCGAAUCGAGGAUACUCUGCAUCACCGAGGUUUAUGCCGUGGAGUCCUCCCAUUAACGCUCAAACAACAAACACAAGCAACAGCAACAAUAGUAGUAGUUCCUCAUCAACAAACUCAUCGUCUACAUCCACAUCCACGUCUCAUAAUCAAAUCCCAUCAAGCUCAACACCAUACGUGACAUCUAUAACGGCGCCUACACCGCUCACGCUCGAACCAACCCCACAGCAGCCGCCGUCACCGAUGCUGUCACCUGGCGUAUCUGGCUGGAGUAUCGGCGCUUCGCCGGGGUUGGGAGCAACACCACAUUUAGCUGGUAGUAAUAUACGGGAGGUUGAAUUCGCGAAUAGUUGGAUUUUGCCUUCUCCGAUACUGAGGGCUGUACGAGGGUGGAAUGAGAAUGAGAGGUAUGGAACUGGGAGUUUUUCCAGUGCACCAAGUGGUCAAAAUGGAAGUGGGAAUGGCAUUAUGAACGGUGGUGGUGUGGUGACGACGAGUAGUGGUACUAGCAGUACCGCAUCGUCGACGUGA